AUGCCAUCUCCUAGAUCCAAACUACGAGCUUGUGAUGUCGCUGCCUUUGACGACGCGGAACUAGACCGGUACCUAGAGGAGAACGGAAGGACAAUUUCUGUUGAAGACCCUGAGAAUAUACCGGAAUCUUUUAUUCAGAGAUUGAAGGACCGAGUGAAUAACGAAAGCAGAGCUGUCAAGUCUCUUCCAGUUGACCUGGAUCAAGUCAGCGCACGCCUUCUGCAAGACGCCACUGGUAAAGUGCCACAAGACCAACAACCAGCUCCUCCAAAACGAAUGCCCAGAUACGAGGAUUCAAUAGAAGAGAUUCGCUGGACGGCAGAGUCUAUCUGUGGAACUACGCCAUCCCCCGACCUAGAGGCACAAAGACGUCACACCCUACAAGAAGAAACUAAGGCAUACAAAGCGCUUGUUGAAUCCGGUGGGCGACCGUCGCACCCUUUUCGAGAUAAUACCGCGGAACUUUUCGAAAACCCAGGAGAAGACCGCGAUCUCCUAUUGUUUUGGGUCCCCGGAAACAGUGCGCGGGAAGAGCAUCUAUUUUCGAUCCAAUGCCACAGGUGGAAAACCUUCCGCAAGUUCCAGAGAUUUAUGAGGGAACGAAAUAUUGAAGAUGAGCGGGCAAUAUAUAUAUAUUCAGGACAUGACUUCUCGGAACUGAGGGAGUGGAAAAGUUUUAUCGGCCACCAAAAGCCAGUAGCGGGAGAAGAGGGACGCUUCCCAAUAUACGCCAGAGCAGUGAAGGACCGGCUUGUGAGACAUGAGUUCACACGCACCUUCCAGCUCGACGAGGAUCCGACUAAACAGAACAGUUUGACAACUUGGAUUGAAUAUCUUGGCUAUGAAUACUGGUGGUAUGAUCGGUACGCCCUUACAGAGGGCCAACAAGCAUGGCUUGAUAGCAAGUGGAAGGAUGUCGUUGCCAGCCAGGUAUUGAAACCUUUCGAGACACUGGAAUCCCCAAAUCUGACGAGACAACAUUCUCUCAAACAAAAUGAACGGAGGCUGCUACAAGCAGAAUCCAGGUUAGCCGAGGCAGAGAAGGUUCACGAAUUCGUAGCACGCCGAGAAAAAGUCAUCGGCCGCUUCCUCGUAGCCACAGCUAAAUCUCGAACUUUCAAACAUCAUGCAGAACGUCAUAAAAUACUACUGAAAUGGAUACUGGAGCAGCUCCCUAUGAUCGAGAGUGAGAUGAAGCAAUCCAAAACGAUGGCGAACGCAUUAAAUUACGAAUCUAUCAGCGCCAAAUCGAGCCUCAAUCAAACCGAUCAUACCAGCGCGGGAGAAGGCUACAAUGACCAGGAUAAUAAUAAUACGGGGAGCCUUGCGGCGUUGAAUCGCCAGACACCCAUAGCCACCAACUCUCAAGCGAGCAAAGCGCGUAAGCACAGCCAUGACAUAGCUAGCGAAGAACACCCAUCAAAGCGGCCAAGACGCAAUAGCCUAGAGUCCGCCCUUCCCGAUUUCAAAAUAUCCGAGUCAGGAGCUGCAGCUGAAGCUGCAGCAACAGAAGUGGACAUCGAAGGGUCGCAGAACCCUAAUCUUCCUGCAUCAAGGAUGACAAGGCAAAAGCGAAAAGCUGCUAUGGUAGCAGUAGAGGAAGAGAGUGAUGCUGAAGAAGAUGACCAGAUUUCCGCUCAGGGCACCUCACAGGAAAGGCGACCAUCUAAGCGGCAAAAGCGCGAUAGGCAAAAUAGGACUCUCUCUGCUUACAAGAUAUCUGAAACUACAGAUACAGCAGUACCAUCAAAUGCAGCCGCUGAAGAGUGGCAUGUUUCUAAUACCGCCUCAUCAAGGAUGACUAGACAAAAGCGAAAAGCGGCUACCGUAGCAGCAAAGGAAGAACGGGAUGUUAAAAAAGAUGACAAGGUUUCCACUAAAGACAGUUCACAGGGAAAGCGCGUGUCCAAACGGCAAAAGCGCACCAAUACAACUGGGGCUCGCUCUGCUUAUGACAAAUCUGAGACUGCAGAUACAACGGUAUCAAGGAAUACGGCUACUGGCGAACUUCAUGCCUCCGAGGCAGUUUCGUCAAGGCUGCCCAGACAAAAAUCAAAAACAGCUACAGCGUCAGCAAACAAAGAAGGGAAUGCGGAAACUGACGAGAUCUCAAGCCGAGGCGCUCCGAUUCGAAAUAGAAGAAAGAAGAACUUUCCUUCUGGCGCACAGAUCUCCUCUACGAGCGCCAAACCUGUUCGUCGCAGCCUUAGAAUUGCGCAGAAAAGAGCAGCUCUUAUUGCUUCUGUGGCGUCACUUCCAUCUUAA